UUUCUGAGCCCAAAAUCAACAAAAUUCCUUCAUUCGUUGGGUCCAAAAAAUAGCGCAACCCAUAAACACACCCCCCUCUCCCAGGGUAGUGGUGCUGAGCAUUUUGCACAAUAAUCUGCAGGAAGCUAGAGAAAGGGCCAUGGAGGCCCUGCACUUCCUCCGCCUGGUUGCCAUGUCCGUUGCCCAAAAACCUCUCUUUUUGCGCUCUGCUGUAACCCCAUUAUCCACAAUUGGCAUUGCAAGGCCACCACUGUGUUGGCGCUCUGUAUCUUCUUCUCAAACUUUCGCUGCCAGAGCAGGGUGGUUUUUGGGUCUGGGAGCAGACAGCAAGAAGACCAAUUUACCUGACAUCGUCAAAGCCGGUGACCCUGUUCUGCACGAGCCUGCACAGGAAGUUGAUGCUAACGAGAUAGGGUCUGAGAGAGUGCAGAAGGUCAUUGAUGACAUGAUCCGGGUCAUGAGGAAGGCUCCUGGAGUUGGCUUAGCUGCUCCUCAAAUUGGAGUUCCUUUGAGGAUAAUUGUUUUGGAAGAUACCAAAGAGUAUGUUAGUUAUGUCCCAAAGGAAGAGGCUAAAGUUCAAGAUAGAAGAGCUUUUGAUCUUUUGGUGAUCCUAAAUCCCAAGCUAGAGAAGAAGGGCAAGAGGACUGCUCUAUUUUUUGAAGGGUGCUUGAGUGUUGAUGGAUUUAGAGCAGUGGUAGAACGACACCUUGAUGUUGAGGUUACAGGUUUGGAUCGUUAUGGUGCACCAAUCAAAAUAAAUGCUUACGGUUGGCAGGCUCGAAUUUUACAGCAUGAGUGUGAUCACUUGGAUGGAACUAUAUAUGUGGAUAAGAUGGUACCUAGAACUUUCAGAACUGUGGACAACCUGGACCUGCCUCUUGCCCAGGGGUGCCCCAAACUUGGUCCUUGCUGACCCUGCUUUUGAGGUUGCAACUGCCUCUAAUGCAUGCUUGUGAAAAUUUGACUUUUGCAGAUCCUAAAGUGGUGGCCAGAUUCUAUAUUUUAGACAUAGUCUCAAUUUGAAAAAAAUAAAUAAAUUUCCCUCAAAUUUCAUUGCCUGCAUUUUGCCUAGAGUAGCCAUUGCACUACGCUAGUCAUUAAUUCACUUCAUGCAAGUUUCAAUGUUGUAGCUUAUACUUUAAAAAUUCAGAGUUGUGGACUAUGGGAUCUGAAUAUGAAGAUGCCUACUGCCUAGCUUUUCUCCCCAUCGUAAUUUGUGCGUAUGACAAAAAUUUGGAUUUGUAUCCUUUUGUAAUUUGGAGCAUUCAGGUGGCUGUUUGGGCAUUAGAAAUUCAUGUAACUUCAUUUGUCAAGUCUAAUCCUUGAUUAUA